AUUAAGGCGUGUUUUAUGGCGGAGCAUGCCUGGGCAUGUCUUGUAUUCAGAUGUCCCAUAUGAAGCUGCACUUGGCAACACUGCAGUCUCAGAGAUUCAGUGUCGAGGAAAGCAGCAGUAACACGAAUGCGAACAUCUUUAGCUCCCGACAAUGCCUCUGGCCAGAGAUCUGCUCAACCCUUCCUUUGAAUUCGAGAGAAGACAGCAUAAGAAGAAGAGACUUGUGCAAAGCCCCAACUCUUACUUCAUGGAUGUGAAAUGUCCAGGUUGUUAUAAGAUCACAACUGUGUUUAGUCAUGCACAGACGGUUGUGUUGUGUGUUGGAUGUUCAACAGUGUUGUGCCAGCCCACAGGAGGGAAAGCCAGGCUCACUGAGGGUUGCUCUUUCAGAAGAAAGCAACACUGAGAAGAAUGGACAAGGAAUAAUGCUUUGAAUGCAAAGAAAUUGUGCUGACUUAUACCUUACCUUUUCAUUGAUUACAAUGAAUGAACUUUAAAUGUGAUUAUGAAUGGUACAUGGCAGGUUCUUUCUACCAUGUUAUCAGUUCAAUUUUCUGAAUAAAAUAACUUUUGCAUUACACAACUACAUCAAAGAACAUGGUCACUUUGACCUUUGCACUUGCAUUUCAAUGCAAUUGGCCCCUGUUAGCCACAUAUGCAAUUUGUAACAUGUCUCUAUUUUAUGGUUAUAAAGCUUUUGAAUGUCAGUGUUGUUGAGGAUAUUGUUAUCCUAUCUUUAAUUGGGUUUCUGAUGUGAAAUGAAAUAUAUCAAAUUAAAAUAAAUCUCAUAAUGGUGA